AAAAUGGGGUCCUAGACUAGUCCUCCUAUACCCAAAGUCACAAAUGUACUUCUAUAAUUCUAUUCAACUAUGUUACUCUAUUUUAGUCAUUUCCAUUCUCCACAAGCAUACUUUCUCCAUCUCUCUCCAAAUCUGUAUGAAAUUGAGUAUUGGAGUACAAAAAUAAAAAAUUGUCAACCAUCUCCAUACUUUCCUAUAAAUUUCUCCCACUUUUCCUUCCACUAUGAGAUCUCCCAUUAUUUAGCCUUCAACUCUUCUUCUUCCGAUGCUUUCAGCUCUUUUCUCUUAAGAUUUCUUUUAAUCCUAUGAUCUCAUCAUAGUAGAGAAUUGCCUGAAUAAGGAGAUGAAGUUGCUUUAGAUGCUGGUGAAAUCCUGGAAAUCCUCUUAAUCCUUACAUAGUUGAUGAUUGAAUCUCUACAAAUUUAGUGAUUCUUUAAAGGGUUUUUUAGGGUUUAUUUGAUUUUUGUUGAAUGAGAAAAUUUUAAGUUGAAGGGUCAUUAUGAAAGCUUUUGAAGGAAUUUCAUUAAACAUAGAGAGGAGAUGGGCAUUUCCUCUUGUGAUAAGUUCUGUAAUAUGUGUAUUUCUCAUAGCUACAUUCUUCAAUAUGAGUCUACUUUCUUCAAUCCAUACUAUAAAUGCCCUCAUAUCACACUAUUCUAGAUCAUCCUUGAACCAAACAAAUCCUUUAUUUGUAGAAUCAGUACUAUUUCAGCCUCCCCCUCCACCUUCUGCACCCCCGCUCCCUCGUUUUGCAUAUUUGAUUGCGGGGUCUAAGGGCGAUUCGCGUAAGCUAUGGAGGACAUUGCAGGCAUUGUAUCAUCCAAGAAACCAGUAUAUAGUUCACUUGGAUUUAGAGUCCCCACCAGAGGAAAGAUUGGAUCUUGCUGCACUAAUUGAUAGUGAUCCAUUGUUUGUUAGUGUUGGGAAUGUACACAUGAUAACAAAAGCAAAUAUUGUGACUUAUAGAGGACCUACUAUGGUUUCCAAUACACUACAUGCUUGUGCUAUCCUUCUCAAGAAAUAUAAUGAUUGGGAUUGGUUUAUCAAUCUCAGUGCUUCUGAUUAUCCUUUAGUCACCCAAGAUGAUCUUAUAUAUACGUUUUCGAAGAUAGACAGGAAGCUGAACUUUAUCGAUCAUACUGGCCGGUUAGGUUGGAAGGAGGGUGCAAGGGCUAUGCCAUUGUACAUAGACCCGGGACUUUACUCAUCAAAAAAAUCGGAUAUAUUUCGGGUUCAACCAAGGAGAAAUUUACCUACAUCGUUUAAGUUGUUUACUGGUUCGGCAUGGAUGGCUCUUUCACAUGAUUUCGUGGAAUACUUGAUUUGGGGAUGGGAUAACUUACCUAGAACGAUGCUUAUGUACUACACAAACUUCGUAUCCUCUCCCGAAGGCUACUUCCAUACUGUCAUCUGCAAUGCACCCGAGUUUGCUAAAACCGUUGUUAAUCACGACCUUCACUAUAUUUCCUGGGAUUCACCACCCAAACAGCACCCGCACACUCUCACUUUGAACGACACCAAUAAGAUGAUUGCCAGCAACGCCCCAUUUGCUCGGAAAUUCAAGCAAGAUGAUCCUGCAUUGGAUAAAAUUGAUCGAGAACUUCUUGGCCGGGUGAAUGUGAGUGUUACUCCUGGCAAGUGGUGUGGCGGUAAACCACGCUGUAGCGAAGUUAAAAACCCCGACAAGGUUAAACCAGGUCCUGGUGCUGAAAGGCUCGCUCGACUUAUGUCAAAAAUAGUUUCCGCAGAAGCAUUUCAGAGAAGACAAUGUAAAUAGAAUCUACACCAGAAAACUUACUUGUCGGAACGUAACAGAGCAAAGAUGAUGCUACUUGGCAUACAAGGUAGAAGAUCGAUCUGGAGAGAGGGCAACACCCGACAAGUGAUCGUUUACUUGGCGGGUGUUCAAGUAUGUAUCGGUUGCUCUUUGCACGCUGAACUGCUGACGAAUUUGUUGCGGUUGGGGUUAGUUACUAACAGUGCAGUGAUUAGGCCAUAGCUGAUUUUAGUCUCACUUGUUAUGAUGUAUGUUUACAGUUUUGGUACAUAUGAUUUCUUCAGUGUUCUGAAGGAAAGGAUAGUGCUACUCUUGUGCAGAAAACUACUACCUUUGAUGUUUAUACAACAUUAACACAUUUACCAAUA